UCUAUAUUUAACCGCAACACGCCGCGUCACCGUGCUAGUAUCACACUCGCGAUAUAUAAAAUAAAACAAAUAUUCCCAUUCCAGAUGGAUGUACUUCGAACAAAAGGAGGACAACAGACAAGCCGAAGAAAUGGAAAACGUGAAUAAAGAAAUUUGAAUAGCGUUAAGUGACUCGCAUUUAUUCAUCAGUGAAAGUAUCAGUGAACAUUAAUAAUAAGUGUUUUGAUCAUGUGUGAAAAUCGUAAUAAAAUUUAUUGACAAAUAUUUGUUUUGCAUUCAUUAAUGUAAUCACGCUAAGUGUCAUCACAAUAAUAUUAUGGCCAAGAUGAUCGAAUGUCAUCGGAUCGAUAGAUUUGUUUGAAUUGAAUAUCGCUUGCGGCGAGUUUAUUUUCGAUUCCUACGAGUAUGUUUGUGAACGCAUUAAAGACUGAUACGGCAACAUAAGAGUGUUUGCUUACAUAUCGCGAACAAUAGAACGCUAGCUCCGUUCCGACGACGACGGAUCGACACUCAUUCAAUAUCAAAUCGUCUAUUUAUCUUGGUGCUGUGUAUAUGUUCUCUAGCUUAUAUCAACAAUGUGACCAUGUAUCUGCAAAGUUUCCGCGGACGGCUUAAAGUGUAACGGUACAAAAGCAUUCGUUUCGUUCAAUAUAUUUCGAAGUUUUCUGUAAAAGUCUACAAAAGAAAUAAAAUAAAGCCCGUAUCAAAAUGGACAAGUUAGAUAGAUCGGAAACGAACGUGUCACAAAACACGAACGAAGAACUACCUUUGAAAACGGAAGCCAAAGAAGUUCAAAACAUGACUCUUUUGGAGAAGCUGACAUAUUUGAAAUCGAAUAUAACAGUGGAACCAGUUUUGGCAUUGUUUGUUAUGCCUAGUGUAUUGGCAAUGUUGGCAACGCAAAAUUUGAAUUUGGAUAAAGCUUGUCGAGUCAAUUUAGGAUUUGGUGACGCUGUUUGCACAGACUUGCGGCUGAGAAGGAGAGCUAAUCAUAGUUUCGAAGAAGAGGAAGUCCAGAAACUGAUAGCGUCAGUUCAGGCUUGGAAGAGCGUUGUGCACACUGCUGUACCUACUUUAUUGAUGUUGUUCAUUGGUGCGUGGAGCGACAAAACUGGAAAGAGAAAGAUAUGCAUGUUGAUGCCAAUCUUCGGAGAAUUCAUGACAUGCAUCUUGAACAUGAUCAACACGUACUUUUUCUAUCAAGUACCAGUAGAAUUGACUGUUCUAAUGGAAGUUAUAUUUCCAGCAUUUACGGGGGGCUGGUACACAAUGUUUCUUGGUACUUUUAGUUAUUUAGGCGAUAUCACUUCAAAAGAAACAAGAACUUUUCGAAUGGGUAUACUGAAUUUAUGCAUGACUAUUGGUUUUCCGAUAGGAAUGGGUUUGAGUGGAGUUUUACUACGAUAUUUGGGCUACUACGGAGUAUUCAGCAUAUCAGCUACACUUCAAUUUUUAAAUUUUUGCUACGUUUUCUUUGCAAUAAAAGAUCACACUUGGCUAGAAAAUAAGGAAAAGGUGAAAAAAACUGGUUGUACUGGCUUCUUGCUUGAAUUCUUCGAUGUGCACAGCCUUAAAGAGACCUUUGAGAUCGCUUUCAAGAAAGGUGCAAACAACAGAAGAUUAAGAAUAUGCCUUGUAUUAACAGUGGUUUGCCUGACUUUUGGACCAAUGUGGGGUGAACUCAGCAUCAUGUACCUAUUCGCCCGGUACCGCUUCAACUGGGACGAAGUCAAAUACAGCAUGUUCUCAACAUACAGUCUCAUUACUCAUUCAAUAGGAACACUAUUCUCGAUAAGUGUAUUCAGCAAAAAAUUGAAAGCGGAUGACUCAGUGCUGGGCAUGAUAUCGACAACUAGUAAAGUCUGCGGGGCUCUCGUGUUAGCCUUCGCAAGGAACGACUAUGAAGUCUACAUAUCACCGCUCGUGGAAAUACUAAACGGAACAACGGCGAUCGCAUUACGUUCAAUCGCAUCUAAAUUGGUGUCAUAUCAAGAGCUGGGGAAAGUGUUCUCAUUAUUCGGGUUGGCAGAAACUACUAUGCCUCUCAUUUUCGCUCCACUGUACUCCCGGGUGUACGUGCUGACACUACAGGUGUUGCCAGGAGCUGUGUUCCUCAUAAGUGUGCUGGCAACACUGCCCUCCAUCGCCAUAUUCGGAUGGUUCUACUGUGAACACAAGAGAGAUAAGAAAGAGAGAAGACUGAACGUCAUCACGCCACCGUUGCCGAACGAGGUGCCGAUAGUUGUGCCAUAAUACUAAAAGGGAAAAUAAUACUUCAUCGUCGGUACUUUGAUCAGAG